GUUGGUUCUGCGCUACCCGGACGUGUUUGGGGAGCCCCUGAACAUCACGUUCCUGUUACGCCGUGCCUGGUUCCCGGUCUCCGCCCGGCCCUGGGCCUGGCUCCACGAGCUCUCCCUGGCCCUGGGCGGGGCCCCCCCCGUGCGGUUCCUGGUGCGCGGCGCGGCCGCCCCCUCCCCCCUGGGCUGGCGCUGCGGCGAUUUGGGCACCGACGGCGCCGGCGUGGUGCCCCUGGAGCACAGCCCUGGCUGGGGGAUCCGCAUACGGGACCUGCAGGUUCAGGGGUUCAACGUCUCCGGCGGCGUUUUCGGGGCGGCCUCGGACUGCGCCGGCUUCUUCGGCCCGGGGGCCUGGAUGGGGCUGAUCUCGGGGGGGCUCCUGCUGGGGGGGCUCCUGCUGGGGGGGGGGGUCCUGCUGGGGCUGCGGCCCAUGGAUCGGUUCGACGACCCCCGAGGGCCCCCCCUGCCCGUGCCCCUGGGCGAGUGAGGGACCCCCAGAAAUCGAGCCCCAAAAUCCCCAAAACAUCCUGAAAAUCUGGGGGGAAAUCCUGAAAGUUUGGGGGAAAAAAUCCUGAAAAAAUCCCAAAAUUUGGGGGGAAAAAUGCAAAUGUUUGGGGG